AUGCAUCCCUACCGAACAGACAUUGGCAUACUGCAGGUGGACAUACAUGCGCCAUGGGGUGGCGUGGUCCCCAAGCUGGCCCAGGAGGCGCAUGAGGCUGCCAUGGACUCCACGGUAGAGCAAGCACUGCAGCAGGCUGGCGUGCGCCCUUCAGACCUUGAAGCCGUGGCAGUCACUGUCGGACCCGGCCUCUCCCUCUGCCUCAAGGUGGGUGUGCAGAAGGCGCGGCAGCUGGCGGCAGAGCACGGCCUCAAGUACGUGGCGGUGCACCACAUGGAGGCGCAUGCGCUGGUGGCCAGGGCAAGUGCACCAGUGGCGUUCCCUUUUCUGUGCCUCUUAGUCAGCGGCGGCCACAACCUGCUGGUGAUCGCGCACGGCGUCGGCCGCUACUCCCUCCUCGGCUCCACCCUAGACGACGCUGUCGGCGAGGCGUAUGACAAGGUGGCGAGGCUGCUGGGACUGGAGCUGCGGCCGAGCGGGGGGGCAGCGGUGGAGACGCUGGCGGCAGAGGGGGACGACCAGCGCUUCAAGUUCUCGAUGCCGCUGCGCAUGCGCCCCAACUGCAACUUCUCCUACGCCGGCCUCAAGACUGCCGUGAGGCUCGCCAUCGAGGCUGAGGCUCCUGGGCCCGCCACAGAUGCAAACCGGCAGGUGCGCGCGGACAUUGCAGCCUCGUUCCAGAGGGUGGCGCUGACGCAUCUGGAGGAGCGCACAAGGCGGGCAGCUGCUUGGGCGCUGGAAGCUGAGCCGAGCAUUUGUCACAUAGUAGUCGCCGGCGGAGUGGCUGCCAACAAGCUGCUACGCUCCAAGCUGCAGGGGGUUGCCAAAGGGAUUGGGUUGGAGUUGGUUUCGCCACCGCCGCAGCUGUGCACGGACAACGGUGUGAUGGUGGCAUGGGCCGGCGCAGAGAGGCUGGCUCUGGGGCUGUGGGAGCACCUGCCGGCAUCAGCCGCAGACGAUGCGUGGGUGGAUGUGCGGCCACGCUGGCCCCUAACGGACCAGAGGGAUUCGCGAAGCUUGUCAGAGCCGCGGAGCGAAAGGAAGAAGGGGAUACACACUAGCCUUACAGCAUUGACAGAGGCAACUCUUUGUAUACACAGUGCAGAGCAGUGAUGCUCUUGACGCCAGGCAGGACUAAUAGAUUCUAGAGUAGGAAAUUUCUUACAAUACUGUUGCAAGAAAUUCUAGUACGUAUCAGACUGUCUCUGAUGCUACCUGGGACCUGAGAACGCUUGACACGAUCCAAGCCAUGCCAUGUGCAGUGUCAGCGGACCCGCAAUUCUCUCUAGCUACAGGGGCAGGAUUGAUCGUUGAACACUGGCAUGUGAAUAGAUUUCCUUCAAAUCCUUUACGUACUGACACGUCAGACACUAAGAAUCUGCAUCCUCUGCUGGCAGCCACCGUUUCAGCUUUGCAUGCAUCUUGUCAUACACUUCUGGAGUAAUGAAGACCUUUCGAAUGCAUGGCAUGCCCCUUGCUGCUCCUUUUUUCUGCUUGAGGAUGGCUUGCAGUGCCUGGAUGUCAUUUUCACAGAUGUUGCAACGCUGCUGGUGCAGCUGGAGCACAGUGCGCAGCUCGAGGAUGCCACACACUUCUUUUGACAUUCCCUCUGACGUCCUCUGACGUGGCCACGGUCCAUUCCCAGUGUCUAUGCCUGCCCUCAGGAUCUCCAAAGAGUUGGCCUCCAUCUGCUGCCUCAGAUGCUUUCCCAGGAAGCUUGUCUGUAGGCGGAGCUGUCUGUGGUGCUUCUUCUUCCCCUUCAGCAGAUCCCUGAGACUCUCACCCUGGACAUGCAUUACCUGGCGCGGCACUCCCUCACCAGACAGCACCAGAAAGUCCAGAUACACAUCGGUUGUCCACUUGUUGUUUGGCUUCUCCUUGCAGAUGGCCCCGUCCCAGACAACCUUUGGCUCAAGAUUCCCAAAAAGGCACCAAUUAAAGCACUUGUCCAGCCAGUCCUGCCGCAAUUUCGGAUCAUCUUUCCUGCUGAAAACCGUGCCACCAUCGUCAGGAAAUACCUGCUUGUAUACCAUGCUUGCCGAUUCAGAGUUUUAAGCUGCAAAACACGCUAUCUGUCGGAUCCUCGGGUCUUUACGUCCAGAAAGACAGUACGAAGUGCUGCCAAUCUUAAGGACCUGCUCGUUGUGAAACGGGUGAUGAUGCGGCACAUCAGCAGAUCACGCCAUGUUGAAUCUCAUACUUCAAGUGCCUGGAACUAC